GAGCCCGUUGGCGAGAGCGCACAGGAGGAAGAGGAGAUAUCGCAGGGAAACGCAGCGUCCAUCACUUCCAGCUGAUGUAACCAGACAGCGUAUGUUGGAGGCAGCUCUUUUGCAUUAGCAACUUCGUCACCAAAUAAAGAAAAAAAGAGACAAAAGAAGGCGAGAAAAUGGGACAUACCGCAAUACCUAUAUUGAUGGCUGUAUUGUCCUAUUGCGUGUGGGAAAACGUCGAGGCUCUGGCCAUGGCCGAGGUGAACGGGCCAGGCCCCCAGCUGGCCGAGCCCCAGAUCGCCAUGUUCUGCGGCCGUCAGCUCCUGCACAUGAACAUACAGACCGGCCAGUGGGAGCCGGAUCCUCAGGGCCGCCAGGGCUGCUUCAAAGAGCCCGGCGAAAUCCUGUCCUACUGUCAGGAGAUGUACCCAGCGCUUCCAAUCUCCCAUAUAGAGGAGUCAAAAAGACCCGUCACCAUCCCCGCCUGGUGUAAGAAAGGCUGGGGCCACUGCCAGACGCACCCCUUCAUAGUCCUGCCCUACCGCUGUCUGGAAGGCGAGUACGUGAGCGAGGCCCUGCUGGUGCCCGACCGAUGCCGCUUCCUCCACCAAGAGCAGAUGGAUGCUUGCAAGAGUUACGUGUACUGGCACAACAUUGCCAAGGAGGAAUGCACCGCAGACAAUCUGGAGCUCCACAGCUACGGGAUGCUGCUGCCGUGUGGGGACCACUUCCGGGGCGUUGAAUACGUGUGCUGCCCGAGCCGAGGGAGCUCCAGCGGCAAAGGCGAGACUGAGGAGAGAGACAUCCCUGCUGGUUCCCAGACACUUCCAUCCCAGAAGCUCAACUCCAUCACCAAAGUGACAGCUCCCACUCCGAGUCCCUCUCCGGACACAGAUGUGGACGAGGCCGAUAUGGAAGAGGAGGAUGACGAAGUGGUGGAGGAAGAGGAGGAAGAAGAGGAGGAGGAAGUGGAUGAGGAGGAGGCGGAGGAAGAGGAGGAUGAGGAGGCUAUUGCCGUGAAAGAUCCCGAGGAGUAUGAAUACCCCAUCGACUCAGGUCCCUACCAGACGUCAGACUAUUUGGACUCAUUCUACUACGAGAAAAGCCACAAACCCACCACAUCUGCACCUCUGAUGAAGGGAGACAGCUUGACGACACCUCGGCCCACAGAUGGCGUCGAUGUUUAUUUCGAGAAGCCUGCGGACGACACCGAGCACGCCAACUUCCUGCGAGCCAAAACGGACCUGGAGGAGCGCAGGAUGAAGCGCAUCAAUGAGAUCAUGAAGGAAUGGGCCGAGGCAGACAACCAGUCGAAAAACCUGCCAAAGUCAGAGCGACAGGCCCUGAAUGAGCACUUCCAGUCUGUGCUGCAGACGCUGGAGGAGCAGGUCGCCGGAGAGAGGCAGCGGCUGGUGGAGACUCAUCUUGAAAGAGUCGAGGCCAUUCUGAACAACAACCGCCGCCUGGCCCUGGAGAACUACCUGGCCGCUGUACAGUCCGAUCCCCCUCAGCCGGAGCAUGUGCUGCAGGCCCUGAAGCGCUACAUGGCCGCCGAGCAGAAGGACCGCAGACACACACUGAGGCACUACCAGCACAUCGUGGCCGUCGACCCGCAGAAGGCCGAGCAGAUGAAAUUCCAGGUGUACACACAUCUCCACGUGAUUGAGGAGAGGAUGAACCAGAGUCUUGCGCUGCUCUACAAAGACCCCACGCUGGCCGAGGAGCUGCACAAUGAUAUUCAGGAGCUGGUCAAGGCGGAGCGAGGAGACAUCAGCGAGCUCAUGACCACCUCCUUCUCUGAGACUCGCACCACCGAGGAGCUUCUGCCGGCUGAGAGCGAAGAGGAGAAGGAUGAUGAAGAGGAAGAGGAGAGGGCCUUCCAGAACAGGCCCUAUCCUCCUCGUAUUGAACUGCAGUCUAAUAAGAAAGCAGAGGAUGAAUAUGAUUACACCACGUCUGAGAGAGGCCCAACUUAUGAAUAUGAGGAGAAGAUCAACACCUCUGCAGAGCUGAAGCUGGUAGUCAAGCCCAAUGAGAUUGCACGAGAUGAGCUGCAACCGGACGCCUUGGAGACGUUCAACCGUGGCGCCAUGGUGGGGCUGCUGGUGGUCGCCGUGGCUAUCGCCAUGGUGAUGGUUAUCAGUCUGCUGCUGGUGCGCAGGAAGCCGUACGGCACCAUCAGCCACGGCAUCGUAGAGCAGGUCGACCCCAUGCUGACACCAGAAGAACGACAGCUCAACAAAAUGCAGAACCACGGCUACGAGAAUCCCACCUACAAAUUCUUUGAACAGAUCAACUGAAGUCCCCGGGGCUGCCAACAAGUCAUGCCCGACCUCCUGUUUUAUCCCCUUAUCCUCCCCUUUUCCCUUCCCCUUCCCCCCCACACUCCUCCCUACAGUGGUGUCCCAGCUACGCUCCCUCCGAUGGAUUUACGAUGCAAAUCUAAAGUAACUGAAUAAGUACGGGGUACAUCCCAAACCCAUUGUAAAUGACCAACAACAACCAAUCAUCAUUACCAGAAUGUGAAUAAUGAGCUACAAAAACCCACACCACCACCACCACCACCUACUGUAAACUAAUACUCCUUUGAGUCUGAGGAUAGUUCUUUGCAUUAGCAGUGCCACAACAUUUCAUAAUCCUGAAGAAAAAAAAAACGUUCACCUCAUCCCAGCGGCAUGACUUGAUCUCUUGCUCCUCACUAGAAAAAAAAAAGUUUAAACGGUGCAUAAUGCUUUAUAGUAUUUAUUUUUCAGUAGUAGUCUCUUUGUUCGAAUUGUACCACAGUUAGAUAUGACGUAUCUGUGUAGAUGAGUGUGAGUGACAGCCUAGUUAAAUCAUGGUGUAACUCUCUAUUUAACAUGUGAUAAAAGGCCAAUCGCCCAGCUAAUUGUUUGCACUAAAUUUACCUCCAUGAGCUCCUGUCACAUUGGACGAUACCUCUAAUAUUAAAUAUAAGCAUUAAGCAAUGACGUGGAGGUGAAUGUGUGAGACAUUUAGACAGGAAUCCUAAAAAAAAACACACGAAUCAAUACAGAACUUUGUGCUGGUGGUACAAAAAAAAAACAAAAAAACAAACACUAUGUUUUUGACUUGUGAGGAUCUGCCCUCUUAAUUAUUUGGCAAAAAUAUACCAAAUGUUUCCUUUAGUCGGUGAAUGGGUUUGUUUUAUUUGUUCUGCUACCUAAAGAACUGUAAAACAGAAUAACCGGAAGUCCGUUGUUUUAAACUGAAAGCAUGACAACUUGUUGUACGAUGCUGCUGUAUUUCCUUUGUGUUGUUCACGUCAUUGCUUUUUUUUUUUUUUCUUCUUCUUUUUUUUUUUUUUUUUUUGAAAAGUCGGAAAUGUCACCGUUCAAAAUGGACACUGUAAAUAACGUAAGAAAUACAUACUACUACUAGAUGUAGACAUUUCUAUGAUUAAUUUGCAUUGAUGUAACGGAAUAAUACAUUUAAAAAAAAAUAAAAAAUAGUACAUUGUGCUGUUACGAGAAGGAGAAACAUUUUCCUAACAUGGCUGAUUGAAAACGGACUGUUGUAAAAACCAGCACAAGACAACGACACAGCAACUACUUUCUGAAUGUAUUUAAGGUAGACGUUGAGAUUCCAUCUUCUUUUUUUUGCCAGUAACAUCCCCUCCCCUCUAGUAGACCUUAGUAGGAGUAGUGAAGUCCCAACACACCCAACAGACUACAUGCCUGAUGCCCGUCUCAUCACUUUUGUGUAGCAGCCGAGUCAUUUUUUCACAGUUUUGCAGGUGUGUUUUAGAGCAGAGGGUUAAUUAUACUGCACAGGGUGUGAAGAGGGCACAGCUAUAGUAACGUCAAGUGUCGGUGUGUGAAGUAAUUACUAAGAUCAGAUCACACUCUGGCAUGAUAGUUCAACAUCUUUGCUCCAUAGAUGCUAUAUUUAAGUUACUCUCUUCAUGGAAAGCGUUUUCACCCAAUGACUCAUUGUAGUUUGUCAUAUUUAUGAUCAACAUAGUACCCUGUAUAGGCAAUUGAAAAAAGGGAUUGCCCCCCUUUGUUGUUUUUUUUCCCCCUGGCUGAUUGUUAACCGCUUAGUGUGUCGGUUUGAUUUCCGUUUGGCCAAUUGAUUCUAUCGGACCAUCUUGGUUAAGAAAGGUCGUGGGAUGUUGCUUUUGGUUCAUCAGUCUGUAACUAUAUGCUUUAGAGCAGAUAAUCCAUACCAAAAUCAGGUUAUAUUUUAUUUAUUUAUGGGUGUUUUGUGUUG